AUGCGAAUCACAGCAUCCUCACUGAUCCUCUCCCUAGUGGUCAGUGUGGCCAUCCUCCAAUCCUCAACACACUCCCUCCCUGUCCCCGCCUCGCACCCCUCAAUCUCACGCGACGAUAUCCUCGCAGGAAUCGUCUCCAUCGAACCACCACCCCCACCACGCGGCGGCGACCCCGACUAUAAACCCCCUACCAACGCCGGUAGCGGUGGUGCUGCCAAACCACCAGCCACCGGCGGAAACAACGGUGGCUCUGGCGGUUCCACCAAACCUCCAUUGAACCCACCCGGCAGACCGAUCACUACUCCAGGCAAACCGGGUGGUGGUACUGGUGGCGAUCCUGAUAAGCACCCUCCUCCUCCAACAACUAAACCUCCAGGCACAGUCCACACCCCCAGCGAUGGCGCAGGCAAACUUCACCCUCCUACUACUCCUGGAAAGCCUGGCUCGGGCACCGCGAAACCCAACCCUAUCCUGACCCCUGGAAAUGGUAAAGGCAACGGUGGUGGCACCAUUGAGCUUCCAGGAACCCCCCACCCUCCAGGAGGCGAUCCCGACAAACGCCCUCCUCCUUCCACCAAACCUCCUACCCCCGGCACAAGCGACAGCGGCGGAAGACCUGGUAUUACUCCCGGUGGUCCCGGUGAGCAAGGUGAAAAUGGAAGCGGCAACGGUGGUAGUGGUGCCGGAAACGGUGGUCUGACUCCUGGUGGCGGUGGUAUCCCCACCAAACCUAACCCUACUCCCAAGGGUCCUGGUACUGGCGGAGCAGAGUCUGGUGGCGGUGGCGGUGGUUCCGACGAACUCGGCCCUGGCGGAAAGCCCAAAGACACUGGUAAUGCUGGUAAUGGCGGUGGUUCCGGCGAACCCGGUCCUGGCGGAAAGCCCAAAGACACUGGUAAUGCUGGCAAUGGCGGUGGUUCCGACGAACUCGGCCCUGAUGGAAAGCCCAAAGACACUGGUAACGCCGGCAAUGGCGGUGGUUCCGGCGAACUCGGCCCUGAUGGAAAGCCCAAAGACACUGGUAAUGCUGGUAAUGGCGGUGGUUCCGGCGAACCCGGUCCUGGCGGAAAGCCCAAAGACACUGGUAACGCCGGCAAUGGCGGUGGUUCCGACGAACUCGGCCCUGAUGGAAAGCCCAAAGGUACUGGUAAUGCUGGCAAUGGCGGUGGUUCCGACGAACUCGGCCCUGAUGGAAAGCCCAAAGGUACUGGUAAUGCUGGCGGUGGUGGUGGUUCCGGUGAACUCGGCCCUGGCGGAAAGCCCAAAGACACUGGUAAUGCUGGUAAUGGCGGUGGUUCCGGCGAACCCGGUCCUGGCGGAAAGCCCAAAGACACUGGUAAUGCUGGCAAUGGCGGUGGUUCCGACGAACUCGGCCCUGAUGGAAAGCCCAAAGACACUGGUAACGCCGGCAAUGGCGGUGGUUCCGGCGAACUCGGCCCUGAUGGAAAGCCCAAAGGUACUGGUAAUGCUGGCAAUGGCGGUGGUUCCGACGAACUCGGCCCUGAUGGAAAGCCCAAAGGUACUGGUAAUGCUGGCGGUGGUGGUGGUUCCGGUGAACUCGGCCCUGGCGGAAAGCCCAAAGACACUGGUAACGCUGGUAAUGGCGGUGGUUCCGACGAACCCGGUCCUGGCGGAAAGCCCAAUGGUACUGGUAAUCCUGGUGGUGGCGGUGGUCCCGGCGAACUCGGUCCUGAUGGAAAGCCCAAAGGUACUGGUGGCGCCAGUCAGAACCCUGGUGCUGGAAGUGGCGAUGACUCUGGUGGUGAUGGACUCGGAGGCACUGGUGGUGCCAGUCAGAACCCUGGUGCUGGAAGUGGCGACGACUCUGGUGGUGAUGAACUCGGAGGCACUGGUGGUGCCAGUCAGAACCCUGGCGCUGGCAAUGGCGGUGGCGAUGACUCUGGUGGUGAUGAACUCGGAGGCACUGGUGGUGCCAGUCAGAACCCUGGCGCUGGUAAUGGCGGUGGCGAUGACUCUAGUGGUGAUGGACUCGGAGGCACUGGUGGUGCCAGUCAGAACCCUGGCGCUGGCAAUGGCGAUGGCGAUGACUCUGGUGGUGAUGAACUCGGAGGUACUGGUGGUGCCAGUCAGAACCCUGGCGCUGGUAAUGGCGGUGGCGAUGACUCUAGUGGUGAUGGACUCGGAGGCACUGGUGGUGCCAGUCAGAACCCUGGCGCUGGCAAUGGCGAUGGCGAUGACUCUGGUGGUGAUGAACUCGGAGGUACUGGUGGUGCCAGUCAGAACCCUGGCGCUGGUAAUGGCGGUGGCGAUGACUCUGGUGGUGAUGGACUCGGAGGUACUGGUGGUGCCAGUCAGAACCCUGGCGCUGGUAAUGGCGGUGGCGAUGGCUCUGGUGGUGAUGGACUCGGAGGUACUGGUGGCGCCAGUCAGAACCCUGGUGCUGGAAGUGGCGAUGACUCUGGUGGUGAUGAACUCGGAGGCACUGGUGGUGCCAGUCAGAACCCUGGCGCUGGCAAUGGCGAUGGCGAUGACUCUGGUGGUGACGGACUCGGAGGCACUGGUGGUGCCAGUCAGAACCCUGGCGCUGGCAAUGGCGAUGGCGGUGACUCUGGUGGUGAUGAACUCGGAGGCACUGGUGGUGCCAGUCAGAACCCUGGCGCUGGCAAUGGCGAUGGCGAUGACUCUGGUGGUGACGGACUCGGAGGCACUGGUGGUGCCAGUCAGAACCCUGGCGCUGGCAAUGGCGAUGGCGGUGACUCUGGUGGUGAUGAACUCGGAGGCACUGGUGGUGCCAGUCAGAACCCUGGCGCUGGCAAUGGCGAUGGCGAUGACUCUGGUGGUGAUGAACUCGGAGGCACUGGUGGCGCCAGUCAGAACCCUGGCGCUGGCGAUGGCGACGACUCUGGUGACCAUGGUGGCGGCGGUGACGAUAAUGGUGACGACAGCGACGACUCUGGUGAUGUCGAUGAUCAAGAUACCGCUUCUCAUGUCAGUCUCUCUUCCGUUCCUCCAACCAACUCCAACAACGAUGGUGCCGGCCAUGACGAUGGAGAUGACGAUGAGGGUGAUAAUGAGGAGACAGACGUUAUCCCUGGUGCCGAGUAUAUCCACUACUAA